GACAGUUCAGUAGUUCAGUUUUCGUUGAACUAAUUACAAGAAUUGUGUACAAAUAUAAAAAAAAMGCGUACAACAAAAUGUAUCGUUGUAUUGCUUUCAAGUGUAGGGUGCGAUUGUCUUGCCUGCUAAAAGAACCACUUUUGAAAGGAAGUUWUUCAAGACAAAAACCAAGGUGUAAGCUUACAUAUUUGCAAGCCUGCUGUUUGUCGUCGAUGCGACAGUAUAGUUAUGAAGAAGCGUUCCAAAAAUCUAUGCACAAUAAAGAUUCAUUCUGGAGUGAAGUAGCUGAAGGGAUUGAUUGGUAUAAGUCGUAUACAAAAGUCAUAGAUCAUUCCAACCCGCCAUUCACUAAAUGGUUUCCAGGUGGAGAGCUCAACACAUGUUACAACUGUCUUGACAGACAUAUUGAAAAUGGAAAUGGAUCUCAAAUAGCACUUAUCUAUGAUAGCCCUGUGACAGGAAAAAUUGAGAUGUAUUCCUAUCAGAAUUUGCAAAGACAGGUAUCCAAAUUUGCAGGUGCAUUGUCGAGUUUAAAYGUUUGUAAAGGUGACCGAGUAGUCAUUUAUAUGCCAAUGGUGCCACAGGCAGUCAUUGCUAUGUUAGCAUGUGCCAGAAUUGGUGCUAUUCAUUCAGUAGUAUUUGGAGGAUUUGCUGCAGCUGAACUCGCAAGAAGAAUUGAGCAUGCUGAGCCUAGAGUUGUUGUAACAUCAUCCUGUGGUAUUGAGCCAUCUAGACUUGUUUAUUAUAAACCUAUUUUGGAUGAAGCUAUUAAAAUGUCCAAUUACAAGCCAUCUACUGUCAUUCUUCAUCAAAGAGAUCAGUGUUCUGGACAAAUUAUUCCUGGCCAAGAUGUGACCUGGGAUGAAAUAAUGCAAAAUGCCAAACCACAUGACUGUGUCCCAUUGAAAUCAGCUGACCCACUUUACAUCUUAUACACAUCUGGAACUACAGGAGACCCUAAGGGCAUUGUUCGCUUGAAUGGGGGACAUGCUGUCGCACUUAACUGGUCUAUGAAAAAUAUUUAUGGUGUCAAUCCUGGAGAGGUAUGGUGGGCAGCUUCCGAUCUUGGUUGGGUAGUUGGUCAUUCCUAUAUAGUUUAUGCUCCACUAUUAGGAGGGUGUACAUCUGUUCUCUUUGAGGGUAAGCCAGUUGGCACACCAGAUGCUGGAGCUUUUUUUAGGGUCAUUGAACAACAUAAGGUUGUGAGCAUGUUCACAGCACCCACAGCAAUAAGGAUAAUACGUACUGAGGAUCCAAAAGCUGAUCUUGUAAAACAGUAUGACCUUUCACAUUUUCGUGACAUGUUUCUAGCAGGUGAACAUUUGGAUAAGGAUACAAUGAAUUGGGCACGACGUGCUGUCAGUGCACCAGUGUAUGACAAUUGGUGGCAAACAGAGUCAGGCUGGGCAAUCUCAGCACAUUGUGUAGGACUCGGACGCCCUAUGGAUGAGCAUUUACAGACUACUGGUAAACCUGUUCCUGGAUAUGAUGUGAGAGUUCUAAGAGAGGACCAGACUGAGGCUGAAAGAGGGGAAUUAGGACAGAUUGUUGUCAAGCUGCCAAUGCCACCAGGAACAGCAGGUACACUCUGGAGAAGCGAUGAGAGAUUUCRAAAAACCUACUUUGAMAAAUAUCCCGGAUAUUAUGACACGUGUGAUGCAGGAAUCAUCGAUGAAGAUGGUUUUGUGUCAAUCAUGGCACGAACUGAUGAUGUCAUUAACGUUGCUGGGCACAGAAUUUCCACCAAGGCACUGGAAGAGGGUAUUUCAAAACCAAGUUUUGUGAUUGAUUCUGCAUGUGUGGGUUAUAAAGAUAAGAUCAAGGGRCAUGUGCCAGUAGCAUUUAUUACUGUAGAUAAAACUGUUGAUAUGAAGAAAGAUGACAUGAUAGCCGAAGUCAUCAAAAGUGUUCGUCAGACUGUUGGACCGGUAGCAGCAUUUAAGACAGCCAUAAUUGUUGAUGCUCUCCCAAAGACCCGUUCAGGCAAGACAGUACGUGGUGUGUUGUCGCAUUUACUUCAUGGUACUGCUUACAAGAUAACUCCUACUAUGGAAAAUCCUAAUGUCUUGGAUGAUAUCAAAGCUACAUUGAAAGAGGAAGGUUAUGUUAAGGAACACUAAAAUGGGCAUGGAAGCUGUAACGUAUAAACUACAACACAUGAAAUACUCUUCAAAUACUUGGCUUAUUCACGGAUUAAAUCCGCUACCGUUAUUUCAUGUGGAUGUAGAAAUUUAUUUUUAUUCAUCAACAUUUAACGAGCAAGUAAGUUUUUAUUAACUCAAAUGUAUGUAUUGUGCUCAGUGUCACAAAGAUUAUUAGGAGUAAAUAUUAAUAAUASUAUUUCCAUUACACAAGUUAGGAUUAUCGAAGUACGGCUGUGGUAAAUUAUCUGUAGAUACGUGUGUACUGUAUAUCUACCAAAUACU